AUGGAUAACCUGACAUUCAGACACAGUGUUCUGUUAUUGGAGGGACUCAAAGUCUCACGCCAAUCCUCCUAUGCUGUUUUUAUUGUGAUUUUAGUGGCGUAUGUGUUUGCAGUGGUAUCAAAUAUUGGACUUUUAAUUCUGAUCUCAACAGAAAAGAAUCUGCAUGACCCUAUGCACCUUCUGUACUGUAAUCUACCACUGAAUGAUAUAUUAGGAACAACUGUCAUGUUUCCACGAUUACUAAAUGAUAUUUUAAAGGAAACCUCAGAGCGAUAUAUUACAUUUGCUGAAUGUGUUACUCAAGCUUAUUUUGUACACAUAUUUAUUGCAUCAAGCCAUUAUGUGUUAAUGAUAAUGGCAUUUGAUCGAUAUGUGGCUAUAUUCCUCACUGUUCGUCUAUCUCACUGCAGAUAUAAAAUUGAAAAUCCUUUCUGUGACAAUGCAUCACUGUUUAAACUGUCCUGUGAAGAUGUGUCUGUAAACAAUAUGUGUGGAAUUGUUUAUACUUUGAUUGUAGGAUUUCUGUCAGCAUUGUAUAUAUUUAUUACAUAUGUCAGGAUUGCUACUGUAUGCAUUACUAGAAAAAGCAAAGCACUCAACAGCAAAGCCAUAAAAACCUGCAGUACUCAUUUAGCUGUUUAUAUAAUCCUGUUUAUAUGUGGAGCCAUUUUUAUAUUUCUGCACCGCUUUCCUGAAUACUCUGAAAGCAGGAAACUAGCUGGUAUAAUGCUACAUAUCGUACCAUCAGGAUUAAAUCCUUUCGUGUACGGUUUACAAACCAAAGAGAUAAGAGACAAAGUUGUUAAAUUUUGUUGUACUUGCAUCACCAAGGUCACUGUACAAGCUGUUGGUCGUGUGAUGUCCACGCUAGUGGUCCAGGAAUGCCAUUUCUGGCUGUGCCUCAUGGACAUGGAGGUCGAUAAGAAUCGUCACCUAAAUGCUCAGAUUUCCCGGACUGGCUUUUCCGGCAAUGUGUUUUCCCAUCCAGGCAGUGAAGAGGAACCAAAAGCAGCUCGUAAGCAGCCACUCAGCCACUGCACGAAAAAGAAAAACUUAAUUCAUGUUCUGCCAGUUGUUACAGCCAUCACCCACAUAUUGUAUAAAGCAAGUUCCCCUCUUCUAAAGGAAUUUGGGUGCUAUGACCGGACUCAAAAAAUGCUGUCCUCCCCUUCCUCUAUUGCCAGCGGGUGGGUUGAGCAGCUUGGGUACCUCACAAUGGAGUCUCACCUGCCCGGCCACCCUUCAGCAGAGCCAGCGCACACACCGGCAAUCACCUCCACUCUGCUCAACUGCCCCACUGCGGGUACACUGGUAGUGCCGUUGAUUUCCCUCGCUUGGUCCCAGGUGCAUGGCAACAGCUUCCCAGCUCACGCGUUAGCUUUUCCUGGUGAAGGACGCGAUACAGCCGGUCACACUAGCCAAGAUGAGGUCGGGGUUUUACAGCCCUCACUUCAUAGUACCCCAGAAAAGCAGUGGGUUGAGACCGAUCUUGGAUUUGCACUCGCUGAACCGUGCACUUUACAAAAUUCCAUUCUAGAUGUUGAUGCAGAAAAGCAUUUUUCAAAUGCAUCCGUUCCCAAGAUCAGUUUGCAGCCAUAA